AUGCCAGUACUACCGAGACAAUCAGCUGCAAUUUCAUCAAUUUCUAGAUAUCUAUCAACUACAACUAUAUUAAGAAAAAAGGUCUCCAAGCAUGUCCUGACUGAUCUCGCCGUCUUUCCCGAUGUCGCCAACAGCUUGCUUUCGCAUGUGGAGAUGCCUACAGGAUCUGUAGUGCUGGAUACUGUCAGAAAAUACCGAAAGAAAUACCCCCAAUGUGCAUUGUUGACUCAAGUUGGCGAAUUUUACGAGCUUUAUGAAGAUCAUGCAACCACAUUUGCCCCCAAGCUUGGUAUCAAGUUGACUACGAAAAGGAUCGCAGCAGACACCAUCGUUGAUUUUGCAGGAUUCCCUGCUCGAGCAUUGGACAGAUACUUGGAGAUAUUGGUUAAUGAAUUGCAUUGCAAAGUGGCUUUAUGCGAGCAAGCUGGACCUGUGUCAAGACAAGACAACACCAUUGUCGCCCUGGAUCGCAAAGUAACUCGAGUCAUUACUCCAGGCACAGUCAUUGAAGAAGGGUUCCUGAAAUCAUCGCAAUACAAUUAUCUAUUAUCCAUUUUUCCAUAUAAGGAACAAAUUGGUUUAGCUUGGGUUGAUGUGUCAGUAGGAGAGUUUGUGAUGCAGCUAUCAUCGACAAGCAGUCUAAAGGACGAUCUUGCCCGCAUUAGACCCAGAGAAGUCAUAUUACCAGAGUCAAUGCGUCCCUCUGAUGCAGCCUUGGAGCGAGGAUUAGUUGACCAAGACGAUGCUUUUGAUCCCAUUACAAAGCUGCUCAUGUCAGAUGCCAGCAUCGCACUCAGCUAUCAAGCCGAUCAAGACUUCAGCGAUAAGAAGGCAAUGAGAACACUAAACCAGAUGUUUAAGCGGUUUUCGGCAAACACACUAGGAUUUAGUCAAAUUGAAUUAGCCGCAGGAAUGGCGUUAAUGAUGUAUGUAAAUGAAACACAUAUUAAUCGAAAACCAAAAUGGCAAAUGCCCUCACGCUUCAGCACGCAUGAUUCAGUGUGUAUAGACAGUGCAGCCAUGGCGUCACUCGAGCUUGUCAAGACAUUGCAAGGAAGAAGAACAGAUAGCUUAUUAAGCGUGCUUGACUGUACGUCCACAAGUGCAGGCUCCAGACUGUUGACGCAGUGGAUAUCCUCUCCUUUAACCAAUGUGCCUGAUAUCAAUCGUCGUCUGGAUGUGGUAGAAUUUUUUACGCAGGAUCGCUUUCUGUUGGAUGAUAUACGUCGUUUGCUGCAUUCUAGCACGGAUGCCCAAAGGGCCAUCACUCGUUUGAAUUUCAAGAAAGGGCAGCAUACAGAUCUGAUGGAAGUAUGGUCCACGCUGGAUGUCAUCAAGAGCAUACACACCAAGUUACAGGCAUUUCCUCCCAUGCAGUCAUUGAUAAACGACAUGGACCCUCACGACAGCAUUGCAAAGCACAUUCAGGACGCCUUUGAUCACGAAAAGAUUCAAUCCAAAGAAGUCAGGGAUUAUGGUUUUGUCAAUCACGCAUUUCAUCCAGCAUUGCUGCAGCUACAUACUGAACUGGAUCAAUUGGAGAUGCAACGGCUAAAUUUGCAGAAUGAGCUGCGUCAGUUAUGCGGUAAUUCUCUCUCUCUGCUUACAGAUGGCAGCACCUGGAAGCACAUCAUUGAAGUCAGCAGCAGACAGUCGAGCAAGCUCCUGGAACGAUUUCCUCAUGCAAUACCGUUGCAGCAUACCAAGUCCAAGAAGCGAUACCAGAUUGAUGAAUGGACUAGCAUCUCUGUGCGAUUAGAGGGUGUUCAAUCACAAAUCAUUCAGGUUGAAAAUGAGGUGUUUGAGCAGGUGGUGGACACGGUACUGGAUGCCAGUGCAACAAUACUACAAAGCUGCAGAAAGCUCGCGCAGUUAGAUGUGCUCACCAGCUUUGCACAACUAGCCAUCAACAACCAAUAUAUACGACCCCGUUUGACGCGUGUCAACCGUACCCUGAUUCAGGGUGGACGGCAUCCGGUGGUAGAAUCCAAUCUAGCAAAAAAGGGCAAGAACUUCACAGAGAAUGAUUGUGAUGUAGGUAACAAACAACGCAUUUGGCUCCUAACUGGACCCAAUAUGGGAGGCAAAAGCACCUUCCUAAGGCAGCAUGUGAUUAUUGUAUUAAUGGCACAUAUGGGAUGCUUUGUACCUGCAAAUCGUGCUUGGAUUGGCGUCACAGAUAAGAUCUUUAGUCGAGUGGGUGCUGCUGAUAAUUUGGCUCAAAACCAAUCCACGUUCAUGGUGGAGAUGUCUGAGGUGUCUACCAUUCUGCAGCAUGCCACUGCAAAAUCAACGGUGAUCAUGGAUGAAGUGGGAAGAGGUACAUCAACCAAGGAUGGGUUUUCGCUGGCGUUUGGUAUCUUGGACUAUUUGCAUAAUAAGAUCAAGUGCAGAACCAUUUUCGCUACUCAUUUUCAUGAACUAGCAGAUACCGUGCAAGAUUACCAGCAUUUAAAAUGCUAUCGCACUGGUUUAGAGAUGAAUGAACACGGGAAUUGGAGCUUUGUGCAUAAAGUGGAGCCAGGUGUGUGCCGAGAAUCGCAUGGUAUCAAAGUGGCGCAAUUGGCAGGUACUGUAUAA